AGGACCAAGCAUACAACUCAACCCACACAUUCAUAGUCGAAGUCGUACGCAAACGCAUGCAGAUCGAUGCUUUCGACAUGAACUUGAAAUAUUUACGUAAAAAUUCUGCCCCGGAACCGUCCGGGGAGCAGAAUGAAGUAUCUCAUUAUCACAAGCCAGCUUUUCAUCUGACUGGAACCCGUACUAGCAUACCUCGAAGAUGAAUUGGUGUCGUGCAGCACGACGUGUGCAAAAAUAUAUCUCUGCUUGAUGUACAUGGUCGUAGUGUAGAUCUAGACCUCUAUCUAAAGCACCAUGUUCAAGAAUAAGUUGUUGAAACACAAGUUUGCUCUGACCGGGCUCUUCAAGAAAAAGCCGGCAGCAGACGCGGUUGCGGAGGAAGGUAAGACCGAAGAAGCAAAGCCGGAAGAGCAGCCUGCAGCUACUGAUGAGGCAGAAACAAAAGAUCCUGCCACGGCAACAGAAGCAGAUGAGAAGAAGCCCGAGGAGGACCCCGCUGCUCCGGCCAAUGCAGAAGCAGGCCCUUCUGACGCCGCGGCAGACAAGCCACCAGAUGUAACGAUACCACCUACAGCUAGUACGGGUGAUGUAGUUGCAGAGGACAAGGAUAAGAAUGCUGCUGAGGCAAAGGCGAAACCGACCGCAAAAGCUAAACCGAAGGCAAAGCCCAAGGCGAAACCAAAGGCCGCGAGGAAGCCGGCCGAUAAAAAGGAAUUCGUCCAGGCCACGCCGGACGAGAACGCGGGAGGCGAUAAGCCUCCGGGGGAAACUCCCGCUGCUGGGGAGACCGGCGUAGAGGUCGCUCCUGCCCACGAUGAUGAGCACAACGCCAGCUGCUUCUACUGCUUCCGUUGCGUUCCCGGCGUGCGUAACUGCGAGACAAAUAUCGUGUUCGGAUUCCACCCCGAGAACUUUCACUGCCGGCGCGCGUCCGCCGCCGAUGCGGAUGCCGACAGCCCCGAGCUGCGGCGGUCCGACGCCAUGCAAGUCGAGGACAAGACGCAAUACGAACAGGCACCGGAGCUGCGCCGCUCAAACGCGACCGUUGAGGGCCAGGUGCCCGUGGAUGACAACACGUUGGCAUCCAACUGCUACAAGUGCCUCUCGCCAAUCUGCAGCUGCCUUGCCGUCACGCUGUCGGCCCCGUGCGUGCUGGCCGCGCAGGCAUGUGGGGCGUGUGGCCGGCAGAUCGGGAAGCUGUGCAGCGUGAAGUGUGUGCGGGGCGAGAGUUGCGCGUGCGACUGCAUUCUCACCUGUCAUCCAAUGGACUCGCCCUUUUGCCAGUGCGUGUGCGGCGGUCUCCGCGCGGUGUCCCGCUUCUGCGCACGCAAGGGCCCCACCUACCGGUUACGCGAUUCCAACGGCACGCCCAUUGUGGACCUGCCCGCGUUCAACUGCCUCACCACGGACCAGAUGCGCGUCCAGCUGCUCCGCUUCUACCGCGAGCGGUGCCGUGCGAACAUCUUGCGCGCGGAGCUGGAGAGUCUGCUCUUCGGGCAGUACCGGCCGAGCGUGGAAACGGAGUUGAAGAAUUGGUUUCCCGAUCCGGAGGACACCGCCUUCCUGAAGAACCGCGAUGUGAUCGCCGAUUUCCCCGCGCUCAAAGAGGAAAAAGUAACCCUGGAGACGAAGAAGAAAGUGCAAACUACUCACCAGAAGGAAAUUGUAGCAGAUACUUCGCGAAUUUAAGCAGAUCCAAAAGUUGCCGCUUUAUAUUUUAGUGGCAUUGCGAGGACGAAGGUCAAGCCUUGGCCGUCAAGGUAGCAGGUCCAGGUGGCACUCAUGACGGCCAUCUGGCUGCAUGCUGGAGAAGCUUACCGCUGAAUCCGCUUGCGCGGGGGUUACGCACUCGCUUGUGCCGAUAGGGAUAGAGAGGGCGAAUGAGAAGGGCGGUCGGCCCCUGCAGCCAACAAAAUUUCUGUGCGCCCGGUAUUGCUGCCCCAGUUGCCCUCUUUCCUGCUUCUAGUAUUUUUCUUGGAGCAGGCGCAUUUUUUAGCCUCAGCAUGAUCGUGCUCCAUCUUCAUUUUUGCGCUGAGCAGCCUCACCUCGUGCGCCUGCGUUGCCUUGCCCUUGUUUUACGAUGUGGCGUCGCAUUUUCAGUCUUUACGGCACAUUCGUAGAGGCACACGCGGCCGCUCGGAAGCAAAGCAGCCCGCCGCGACGUUGUUAUUCGCGCGCGCUAAAGGUUUCGGCGCAGGGGUGUUGCGCGUCUCAUAGGGUGUCCGGGAAUAAAAAAACAGCUGGCCGCCGUGCGAAGCCACUGCACGAGCCGCGGCGCCACUUCGCGAAAACAUUAAAAGCGAACAAAAACAAAUGUUCCGCGCGCAGGUCGCGCAAAAAAUAAUUCUCAAAGCCAAGAAGUUGGGCCCUCCGUGUGGAGCGUUGCUUGAGAAUGUCGUGUUUCGUUGGACAGGAAAUUUCGGCUUCUUCUUGCGUCGCUAGCGGCCCACAAAGAAACCGGCCCCUCCGCCCGGAGGGGGCGGCUUCUUUAGGACCCGGAAGUCAUUUUUUUUUACCAAAAGCGCCGACUUUCGUUGUUUUCUGGGUACAAGGUAGCGGUCCGGCUAUCAAACAAACCGCCCCCUCCGCGCGGAGGGGCCUGUUUCUUUCUGGGCCGCCAGCGGCGGAAGAAGAAACCGAAAAUAAGAAAUCGACCCCUCCGCGCGGAGGGGUCGAUUUCUUAUUUUCGGAACGGCGCGCGCAGCGCGCCGAAGAAUUUUUUUUGUUGUUGCAUCCAGCACUGGCCUCGGAAACAAGUCGUGGGCCACGCCGCCGCGCGGAGGCGAGGAUUUCUUGUUUUCCCAGUGCGGAGCAAGAGCAACGACAACGACGGGCCAUUCCUGAGGAGGUGGGCGCCGCGGUUGCCUGGUUCCUUCCUUAUGGGGCAUAGCGCGCGCGCACUGGCGCCGUGGGGCUGCGCUCCUUAAGGCGCAUGUAGUGUGGUGCGUGCGUUGCUACGGGCCUUUUGUCCGAGGGUAGCGCCUGUCGUGCAGGCGCCGCUGCAUGGGAUUCCGCUCCUGAGCUCGGUGGCGACUCGCGAGGGGCUAAGGGUAUGAGCAUGCAUGGGACACCGGCGCCACGACAAAGUAAGCCAACCAACGGGUUGCGUCUUUGUUUGAGGCGCGCCACGUUUCGCCUUACCUUUUUUCGUUGUGUUGUUUCUGGAAAAUCAAAACUCAUGGUCAUGCGGCAACUUUUUGCGCCCGGCAGUGUAGGGGUCGACCUUCGUUGGAGUUAACUCUGCAUUAGUGGCGCCCGGCUUUCUUACAAGCUGCCGGCCGCCUUGUGCGAUGGAUUGGCGACGCACUCUCCCCUGCCCUCGCCAAGGCAGCCGCAGUUUCUCUGGCGCCGGGCAAUCUGCUUAAAUUAUUGAAGUAUCUGCUUCUACCACCUGAUACACAGUACGCUCGAGGAGCAGUUUAUCGUGUCCGAAACCAUGAAGGAACUUCUGAUGACCCGUGCGGAGGUGAAACUCUUGCAGAUGGAAGACGCAUUGAACGACGCGUGGCGGGUGAAACUCUACCUGGGCCCGAACAAGCUUCCCGAGGGCCGGCUGAACUGGGGCGAAAUGCGCUACUCUACCUCGGGGUGGAUGGGCCUCGUACCCUUCGUGUGGACCAGCCGCCUGGUCGCGGACGUGGGGGUGCGGUGGCUGGCGCCGCAGAAACAAACGCUGAACCACUGGCUGCAGAUUUUCUACCUCGCCGAGGAAAUCGCGCAGAAGAAGGCGGAGAUCCGCAUGCUAAGCACCUCGGACGAACAGGACGAGCGCAUGGAAAAGAAGUUUUUCGGGAGGUACGAGUUCGACGUGAAUCUGCUCUAUGUCGACCCCCGCGAGCGACAGAUGCGGCUCAACGAGAAAAUAAAGAACCUGCAGAUCGAGCAGCGGCGUCCGACUGUGCUGGAGCAGCAGCAAUUCGCGGAAGAAACCCUGCUGUUGAAGCAGUCCUGGCCCCAGCAACUCGCGCAGUUGUCGGAGAUCGUUUUGCGGGAGCACUGUUUGACCAAGUUCCGGUUGGAAAACGCGCCCCUGCAAAAUCCGUCGGGCGAGCGGUUCCUGGCGACGCUGCUGAACCGGUGCAUCGGGUCGCAGACGGCGAUGUCCGGGUCCCUCGAACGGCUCACGUUCACGAACUGCGAGCUGGGGUUGCACAACCUCAACGCACUCUCCGGGGCGUUGUUCCGCAGCCACGGCGCGGCCCUGCGCGAACUCAGCAUCCACUGCACGGGGCGCGCGGACCGACUGGCGUUGCCGCAGACGCUGCUGAAGUUUCUGCCGAAUCUGGUCCUGAAGAAGCUGCAGCUCCGCAACAACGGCAUGACGCCCCUGAUGCUGGAACUCCUCCUCCGCGGUGUGCCUCGCCACGACCAGCAGAUCCCUGAGAGCGAUAUCAUUUGUAAAAACGUCCCCGCACCAGAGUUGUGAUGCAGAUUUGCAAUGACAGAAACAUUUGUAAUGCGUAUCUCCAUGAGAAGUGUUUCUAGUCGUGUUUUGGCAUUUGUAAUGCUGUAACCAGGAUAAGCAGAUGGAUUCGUGAUGCGUGUGUCCUUGCUAACCUGCACUACACUACGGAAUGCUAUUUGUGAUGCGUGAGUCCCAAAACUUCUAGGUUUGUGUUGCAAAAUCCCCACCUUGACUAUGGGGUGGGGGCGUUUUUACACAGGAUAAGCGAGCGCGACAUCCUCUCCGCCGAGGCGGUGAAGCGCAUCCGGUACGUGCAGAAGGUGGCCGAGGAGGAAAACAAGGCCUUUUACGAGGACGACGCCGAGACGCGCGCGAUGCUGAUGUUGGACGCCAGCCCGCCUGUAGAUACCCUGAACGGCGGGAGCCUCCACGACUUGCCCGCCGACCCGGACGCGGACGAGUUGCACCUCCAACUGGCUAGUUUCCAGCCGCCCGAGGACCACGAUCCCGGGCGGAGACUGACCGAGGAAGAGCUCCUGCACUACGCCACCUUCGAGCAGGAGCUGCAACUGUUCCUCGGAGACAUCCCGGAAAAAGUGUUCCACCACGGCGAUAUCAACGAAACGGUGCAAGUGUUGCAGUUGCGCGAACAGCAGGAGGAGGAGGAGCGGCUGUUGUACGAAAGGAAAAUGGCAGGGUACAGCAACCGCAGAUCUUCUACUCCGUAUGGAGGAGGUGGUGCUGGUGGCAACGAGGACUACAACUACUACCCGGAAGGAGGCGUGGACGGCGUCGCCGGUCAAGAUGUUGAGCAGGAACUGCUGCAAUAUGGCGGCGCGGGAAUGGCGGGCCGGAAAAGUCGUCCUCUAGGCCAAUUGGAGGCCGACAGCACAGGAGCUGCUGUGCCAGGAGGUGCUGGCUACAACAACUAUGCAGUCCAGGAGCAACAGGGGCAGUACAAUGAGUACGAAGAUGAGGACAACAUGACAAACGAUCCCUACAGACCGCGCCCCCGGGUCGUGGCCGGGCAGGACGCGAAGCGAAUGCGGUUCCAGUCCCACAUGGACAACCAGCACUACCUGGAGCAAACCACGUAUGGCACACGGCACCACGACGCGCAGUCGCGGCGCCUGCACGCCGCGACGCUCGCGGCCAAGCAGGCGAACAAGCCCGUUAUCGACGGACUCGACGAGGAGAUCGCCGCCACCCGAGAGCAGGGCGCCCUCGCGCAGCCGCUCCAGGUGUUCCCCAUGACCACCACUGUCACCGGCCAGAAACGGCACCGGAUCCGGCUCGGACCCUCGCAGGCGCCGCGCGGGAUCCUGACCGCGCCCUUCAGUGCCCUGGAAUCUUUGUGCCUCACCCAGAACUACCUCGGGGACGAGGGUGUCACGGUGCUCUCGCGACACUGGCACAAGAGCACGUGCCUCAAGGAGCUACGGCUGGACUACAACCAAAUCACCUACAAAGGGGGCGAGCACCUCGCGGCGAACCUGAUCCACGCCCCGAAGACGCUGGAAUUUCUUUCCCUGAAGCACAACAACCUCCAGGACGACGGGAUCGAGAACUUCGCGCAACGCAAAACGCUGUUCGGCGUGUCCGGGGUGAAGUAUCUGGACGUGCGGGACAAUAACGCGAACGUGGUGAACCAGGAGGCGCAGUUCAACGGGGCGGUCAAGAAGCGGUUCAUGAUCGCGCAAAAGAACUUCGACCAGGCGAAGCUGGAGGCGCAGCUCCUGGCCCAGCAACAGGCGGAAGAGGAGGAGCAGCGCAUCGUGCUGCUGGCCCAGGGCAAAACGCCGCUCCCGCCGAAAGCGCCACCGAGAAGUAAAGAGGAUGACAAGCCGGUAGUCCUGGUCAACGGAAUGCCCUUCCGGGACGACCACAUGGAACAAAGGGUUUACAUCACCAACAAGGAAUUCCCCGUCAUCUACACGCCCCCCGCGGUGGCAGCCAUGUUUGCGGAACAAGCGCUUCCCGACGGAGUGCCGGUGGUGCAGGGAACCAUUGUGUCCGGCGAGUGAAGUGGUUGAGGGCAUAAUGUGGUGCCAUGAACAUUGUAUUCGCACGAGACUUUCAUAGAUAGACCCCAAUACAACUUUGUUUCUCUCGCAGUCGGGAAAGAUAGAAAGAGCAUCUCCUGCGCAAAAGGAAUGUUUGCAACUGCAUAGAUUUGAAGAGGAGUUCUUCGCGAAGAUAAUUGCACGACUCUGUAAUAUCCAAAAAAGACGAGCUCUUGCGUGCGGGCGAGGGCUUUCCGCGGGAGAUGCACCGCUCUACGGUGCGAAGUACUUAGAU